AUGACGCGUUCUUCAAACCUACUUGAUGCUUAUGACUCAUGUGUGCUGUGUGUUGUAAACAAUAACGAUGACCCUUUUUCCUGUCGUAAACGCAUGUACCCUGUCUGUGCUCCAAAUUCUUUUACAAACAGCAUGUGCAAUAUACAACAACAAAAUGUUAUCUUAUCGUGUGCAGACCUUUACGCUUGUCACACGUGUAAAUGUUGUUUGUUUGCUACCAAAACCACACAUUCUAUUAUACGUGCAUUGCGAAGGAUGAAGGUAAAUGUACUCGUAUAUGCUUAUCAUAAUGGCAAAGGACGUGAGGUGAGCAUUGCUAUUUACAAUGUGUGCAUAAAGAAAAUGGAGAAUUUAUCGUCGAUAAUAGCAGUUCAACACAAAUCACACAGCCAUUUGCAAAGGUUAGCAAAACGUUUCAACAAUAAACCCGAAAAAGAAAUAACAAAGGGCUAUAUGAAAUGCGUUCUAGAAGAAGUCGAAACAAUUUAUAAAAGUUUUAAGGAAGAUCAUGAGCAAAUUUGUGCUUUGGCAUUGGAAAACACCAUUAAUGAAAAAGAUGUGCCAUAUCUAGCAAAUGACUUCUAUGAAGUUUUCUUUGAUACCUACAUUACGUUUAAAUCAAAACUAUUAGAUCUAGCCGAAGAGCCUACAAUGUCGCAUCAUCAUAUGGCAAGUACCUUCAUAUCUUCCAACAACAACUAUAGUAACUCAUCAACAUCAUCAUGUGCCAAACUUCCAAAAAUUGAAUUACCAACCUUCACAGGAGAGUACCUCGAGUGGAUACCCUACUGCGACAUGUUCACUUCGUUGGUACACAACAACCACUCAUUGACUGAUAUACAAAAGUAUUUUUAUUUAAAAGGGUCUUGUAAAGAUUCCCCUUUAGAUAUUAUAAACCAAUACCCAGCUUCUGAUAGAAACUACAUUGCUGCAUGGGAAGCACUUAAAUCAAGAUACCAAAACAAAAGAAAACUUAUUGAACAAAUCUUAAACAAGUUAUUUUCAAUUCCACAGUCUAAUGGUUCGUUUUCUAGUAUAAAAGAACUGCUUGAUUCAACACGAUCGUCUCUAUCACUGUUAAGGUCGCUCGAUAUAGACAUUGAUACAUGGGAUCCGAUCCUUAUAUAUCUUAUGACACAGAAAAUGGACAAACAGACCCGUAAAGAAUGGGAACAAUCCAUUAGUAGCACUGAACUUCCUGUAAUGAACGAUUUGUUCAAGUUUUUGGAAACUACAUUUAGAACAUUGGAGUCUGUAGAGGAAUCAAAUAACCGACCAGAAAGGCAGAUCUCUGUUAGUCGCUGUCCACAACAAAAACCAUUUAAACGAUCUCUGCACAUGCAUAACGCAGCCGUAAGUACGAGCACCUGUGUAUGCUGCCAACGUCGUCACCCACUAUACAAAUGCUUCAAGUUCUUAUCGCUGUCGCCAACAGAAAAGAAAUCAAUCGUAUCUCAAAACAACGUUUGUACGAACUGCCUGAACCCAGGUCAUUACUUUAGGCAAUGUAAAAUUGCAGCUCGCUGCCAACUCUGCCAUCAAACUCACCACACCAUUCUUCACGCUGCUUACGCAACAGACAUCGUUCAAGAUCAAACAACAACCGCGCUGUCUACUGCAGUAGAAAAUAUGAAUGCUACAGCAUUAAGCCAUACACAACCAACAUCACAUAUCAACUCGCACCUAUCAUCGCUUGCAGCGAAUCAACAGUCCCAAGUUCUGCUAGCUACCGCUAAGAUUCUCAUUAAACACCCCCACGGUGUUUGCUAUGCUAAAGCAUUGGUUGAUCCCGGCUCUCAAGCCUCAUUUGUAAACAGAGAGUUAUGUCAACUAUUAAAUUUGAAUCAAAAGAGAAUUGAAAAAACAACGAUAGAUGGAAUUGGAGCAACAUCUAAAACAUCAAUCAAACAUAUGGUCGAGCUGAAGCUGGUGUCCAAUUAUAAUAAGAAUUACAAUUUAACCGUGAGUGCUUUUAUUUUGCCUAAAAUAACAAAUUAUAAACCAAUAGAUGUGAGAAAAUGUGAUCUGCCGGAUUUGAAUUCAUAUCAGUUAUCCGAUCCAACUUUUUACAUGCCAUCUAAGAUAGAUGUUUUGUUGGGAAGUGAUGUUUAUGGUGAGAUCUUAAAACAAAAUUGUAUAAAGUUUCCAAACAGUGUCUUAUUGCAGGAAAGUGUGUUCGGGUGGCUAGUUUCAGGCCCUAUAGGCAAACCAUACCCAAAAACGACCCUGAAUGUAAAUAGCUGCAAUCUCGAGAAUCAGCUGCGUUUAUUCUGGGAACAAGAAGAGUUGGCAGAAACAAAAAAUUUAUCGCUAGAGGAAGAAGCUUGUGAAUCAUAUUUUGCAACAACAUAUAUUCGAACGAGUGAGGGCCGAUAUGAAGUUCACUUGCCAUUUAGAAGUUUGUUAAAAGGUGAGACUGCUCCGAUAUUCCAAAAUACAGACUAUGUUGCCCUAAAAAGACUGAAACAGCUUGAAUCUUCUUUUAAAUAUCGACCUCAAUUUGCGACAGCUUACAAAGCCUUUAUGUCUGAGUACGAACAUUUGGGCCAUAUGGAAAAGGUGGGACGAUAUCCUCAAGAUUUACCACCGAAUAUAUACUUCUUGCCUCACCAUGGUGUUUUGCGCGAAAGCAGUACCACUACUAAAUUAAGAGUCGUUUUCGAUGGUAGCAGCAGAGUUCCACCACAGCCAUCUCUGAAUGAUGAACUCGCUAGUGGACCCCCACUGCAAAACGACCUGCCCACUAUUAUCAUUCGAUGGCGACGUUUUAAAAUUUCGUUUACAGCCGACUUGGAAAAAAUGUUUAGGCAGAUAAAUGUAUGCAACGACCAUCAGCUGUACCAGUGUAUUCUAUGGCGUGACCCCAACACCAAUGACCUGAAUAUUUACAAAUUGAAAACAGUAACUUAUGGUACGACCUCCGCUCCGUUUUUGGCAAUAAGAGUUUUGAAACAAAUAGCAGAAGAUGGCAGAUCAGAAUUUCCUUUAGCGUGUAAAGUGAUAGAAUCGGAUACAUACGUGGACGAUGUUAUAUCUGGAUGUGACAGCGUUACGGAAGCAAUUAAAUUGGCGCAUGAGCUUGUCCUCUUGUUGGCGAAAUCUGGUUUUACCCUUAGGAAGUGGAGCUCAAAUUCUACCGAACUAUUAAGUACGAUUCCUUCCGAGUUUCAGACUACAGCCAAUAGCUUCCCGCUUCAAAAUCAUGAAAUGGUUAAAGCCUUGGGCUUAUCUUGGGACCCCAAAAGUGACAAUUUUUAUUUUAAAGUCAAUUAUACUUUUUCUGAUAAAAUUACGAAAAGUGUUGUACUUUCAGAUUCUGCAAGAUUAUUUGAUCCACUUGGCUGGUUGGCCCCUACAACCAUAAUGGCGAAAAUCAUGUUUCAAACUCUAUGGCGAGAAGGUUUGGAUUGGACAGAUCCUUUGCCAGCGAAUUUGCACAAUGAGUGGUCUAAAUAUCGAACUGCAUUAAAGGACAUUGAGAAGUUAUCGCUGCCUAGAUGGUUUAAAAGCAAAUCGACAUCCUCUACUGAUCUUCAUGCAUUCUGUGACGCGUCCAAGCUAGCUUUUGCCGCAGUUGUCUACAUAAGAGUUGUGAAGGAAGAUGGAAAAGUACACAAGCUCAUUCUAAAACAUUACAUGGUGGAGUGCAGCUGAUGCAAUCAUACGUCAUGACUCACUACUGGAUCCUUUCAGCACGGAACUUAGCAAAAUCUGUGAAGCGAAACUGCGUGACUUGUUU